AUCCCGGGCUGGAUGACUGAGGCAUUUCAGACGUGGGCUGAGCCAGCGCCGGCGAGCAAGCUCAGGAGCUGCAGCGAUCUCUCGAUAAGCCACCUAGAGGCGACUCUGCGCGCGCUCCCCAGUGGCUCCCCGCCCUCCCUCUGAUCAUGUUGACAUAUUCACAGGACAGGCAGUAGUACCGAUGCGGCGCUGCGACGUUACAGUUUCCGACACCUUCUUUUUAUAACUCGGCUCUAUCCCCCAGCACUCGACCUGUGAAAACCACGCCUAUGCAGCAACACAAUUGGUCCGAAAGCGUCAAAGAGCCAAUCAAGAGGCCUCCGGCUCCCCACAGCCCACAGCAGAGCCCGACCUUCUAGAGCCGCCGAGCAGACGCCCGGGGAAUUCUAGAGGCGGAGGAGGGUGGCGCGGAGCUCUCGCUCGCUCGCUCUCGCUCCCUCCCUCUCCUCGCGCUCCCUCUCCCGCUCCGUCCCUUUCGCUCUCUUCUGUUUCUCUCUCUCUCUCCCUCUCUCUCUCCCCUUUUCAGUCCCCCCCCCCGUAAAUCCUCCCUGCCCUGCGCGUCUGGACGCAGAUUAGGAAACGAUUUCGCUCACGUUUUAGGACAAGGAAGACAGGCGCGGGAGGAGAGCACGGCAAGACUCGGAUUGCAACCCAGACACCCUCCGGAGGCUCGGAGCAGAGGAAGGAGGAGGAGGGCGAACGGAAGCCAGUUUGCAGUUCAAGUUUUGAUAGCGCUGGUAGAAGAGAGCUUAAAUCAGAGAGUUGUUUUUUGUUUUUAAGGCGAGAGACUUUGCCGCUCUCUCGCUCGCUGGUGAAGCCGGGUCUAGCGCAAUUGCAGACACCUCCAGCGAGAAAGAGGGUGAGGAAGACAGACAGGGGGGCGGGGAAGAAGAAGGAGAAGAAAAGGUAAAAAGUCUCCGAGUGGAGCCCUUCGCAUUUGCAACAAAGAACUGGGGGCUGGGGAGCGAUUCCCGGGACCAGGGGUUGCCGUGUCUACUUCGGCGAAGCAGCGGGGCUCGGGCACGGGUGAGACCCUGCUCGCUCCUCUCGCCCGUGAAACCGACUUCCAGGAGCGGCUUUUUAAAAAACGCAAGGCACAAGGACAGUCACCCAAGCGACUAUGUCUCCUGGUUUCUCGCCUUGCCCUCUUUAAAAGCGGCAUCCCCCCUCCCCAAAAGACACUUUUCCUCCCCCUUCCCUAGGGUGCUUGAGUGGUGAUUUUUCCCUUUUUCCUUUCUUUCCUCCCCCCCCCCUUUUUCAAACUAUGGGCUGCUGUUAAAAACCAAAAACAAAACCAAACAGCAGCUGCGGACUUGUCGCCGGCUGGAGCCCAGCGCCCCGCCUGGAGUGGAUGAGCCUCUCCAUGAGAGAUCCGGUCAUUCCUGGGACAAGCAUGGCCUACCAUCCGUUCCUACCUCACCGGGCGCCGGACUUCGCCAUGAGCGCGGUGCUGGGUCACCAGCCGCCCUUCUUCCCCGCGCUGACGCUGCCUCCCAACGGCGCCGCGGCGCUCUCGCUGCCGGGCGCCCUGGCCAAGCCGAUCAUGGAUCAAUUGGUGGGGGCGGCCGAGACCGGCAUCCCUUUCUCCUCCCUGGGGCCCCAGGCGCAUCUGAGGCCUCUGAAGACCAUGGAGCCCGAAGAAGAGGUGGAGGAUGACCCCAAGGUGCACCUCGAGGCCAAAGAACUUUGGGAUCAGUUCCACAAGCGGGGCACCGAGAUGGUCAUUACCAAGUCGGGAAGGCGAAUGUUUCCUCCAUUUAAAGUAAGAUGUUCUGGGCUGGAUAAAAAAGCCAAAUAUAUCUUGUUGAUGGACAUUAUAGCUGCUGAUGACUGUCGAUAUAAAUUUCAUAAUUCUCGGUGGAUGGUGGCGGGUAAGGCUGACCCUGAAAUGCCAAAGAGAAUGUACAUUCACCCAGACAGCCCUGCUACCGGGGAACAGUGGAUGUCCAAAGUUGUCACUUUCCACAAACUGAAACUCACCAACAACAUUUCGGACAAACAUGGAUUUACUUUGGCCUUCCCAAGUGAUCACGCAACGUGGCAGGGGAAUUAUAGUUUUGGUACUCAGACAAUAUUGAACUCCAUGCACAAAUACCAGCCCCGGUUCCACAUUGUGAGAGCCAAUGACAUCUUGAAACUUCCUUAUAGUACAUUUCGGACUUACUUGUUCCCUGAAACCGAAUUCAUCGCUGUGACGGCAUACCAGAACGAUAAGAUAACCCAGCUAAAAAUAGACAACAACCCUUUUGCAAAAGGUUUCCGGGACACUGGAAAUGGCAGGAGAGAAAAAAGAAAGCAGCUUACCCUGCAGUCCAUGAGGGUGUUCGAUGACAGACACAAGAAGGAGAACGGCACCUCGGAUGAGUCCUCCAGCGAACAAGCAGCCUUCAACUGCUUUGCUCAGUCCUCCUCUCCAGCUGUCUCCACUGUAGGGACCUCGAACCUCAAAGAUCUGUGUCCCAGCGAGGGUGAGAGCGACGCCGAGGCCGACAGCAAAGAGGAGCACGGCCCAGAGGCCUGCGACGCGGCCAAGAUCUCCACGACCACGUCGGAGGAGCCGUGCCGCGACAAGGGCAGCCCCGCGGUCAAGGCGCACCUCUUCGCCGCCGAGCCGGGCGGCCGGCCCCGGGACAGCGGGCGGCUGGACAAGAGGCGGUGGGGUUGGCGGUGGGGGGAGGGGAGAUGGACGGGCGAGGUUGGCUCCUCCCCAUCGCGCAGACCCUGCUCGGCGGAUUCACUGCCUGCGUUUCUCCCCCCCCUCCCCCCGCAGGGCCUGGCCAUGUCGCCCUUCGGAAGCCUGUUCCCUUACCCCUACACGUACAUGGCCGCGGCGGCCGCUGCGUCGUCGGCCGCAGCCUCCAGCUCCGUGCACCGCCACCCGUUCCUCAACCUGAACACCAUGCGCCCGCGGCUGCGCUACAGCCCCUACUCCAUCCCCGUGCCGGUCCCCGACGGCAGCAGUCUCCUCACCACCGCCCUGCCGUCCAUGGCCGCGGCCGCGGGGCCCCUGGACGGCAAAGUCACCGCGCUGGCCGCCAGCCCGGCCUCGGUGGCCGUGGACUCAGGCUCGGAACUCAACAGCCGCUCCUCCACGCUUUCCUCCAGCUCUGUGUCCUUGUCGCCCAAACUCUGCCUGGAGAAGGAGGGGGCCACCAGCGAACUGCAGAGCAUACAGCGGCUGGUCAGCGGCUUGGAAGCCAAGCCGGACAGGUCCCGCAGCGGGUCUCCGUAAACCCCUCCCCAGAAAAAUCUCUUCAUUCCAGUCCAGUCCAGUCUGCAGUGCACUUUGUUGGAUGUAAAAUAAACCACGGGCGUGCAGUGGGGUUGGCCCUCCUUUGUGCAGUCCUGUUUGGGAAGGGGUGCCGGACUCCCUCUAGAGAAUGUGCUAGAAACAGGCCCUGUCUUCUUGGCGUGGUUUAUAUAUCCGGGAUCUGGCUCAGUUUCUGGGGCUCAGAAAUGUCUGUUGCAUUGAGCUAUUGGGGUGGGAGUGAAAACAUUUUUAUGGCCAGAGCACCUCCAGCCAGGCUGGUCUGGGAGCUGUGGGAAGAAAAAGGUAGCCAGGCCCACCAGGAGGGGAGGUGUUGAAAGGCUUCUCCCCCAGUGCAGAUUUAUAUAUUUUUUCCUUCACCGUGUCAAGUAGAAACAAAAACAACCAAAAUUUAAAAAAUAUAUACUGGGGACAACGAGUACAUUAACAUGAGUCUCUUUGUGAAGAUUAAAAACUUUAUAGUGACUUGCAUAUCAGUUCUAAAUAAAUUACGGAGUAGCAUUGUUUGGGGAGGGAAGUCAUUGCCAUCCUUGUUUGGUCUCUAUUAAGGAAAUCUGUGUCUUUUUAAUAUUCUUGUGAUGUUUUAAGAGCCGCUAUAGGUCUCUUCUUGCAUGUUCCACAGUAAUGUAUUUGUGGUUUUUAUUUUGCUUGCUUUUAGAAAAAGAACAUGACCCCACACCUUCUCCCCUCCCCCCCCAUUCUCUGCCCUCCAAUCGGCAACCCCAAGGGGGAGGAUUUAAAGGGAAGGGGUGGGGAAAACAAAAAAAAAGUGAAUUUAUUUUAUCUAAGCUCUGUAGCAGGAUUUAUGUCCUUCUUUGACAGUUCUCUUUCCUGUAUAUGCAAUAACAAGGUUUUAAGAAAAAUAAUAAAGAAGAAGCGAGACUAUUAGACAAAGUAUUUAUGUAAUUAUUUGAUAACUCUUGUAAAUAGGUGGAAUAUGAAUGCUCGGAAAAUUAAACUUUAAUUUAUUGACAUUGUACAUAGCUCUAUGUAAAUAGGGUCGCAGCUGUCAGGUUUUGUGUUCUUAUUUUCCUUUCGUCGAUUUUAUUUCAAGGUCACAGGAUCGCUUUCAAAACUAGAAAACACACUUUCUGCACCGACACCAACACACUUUUCAAACAGAGUUGUCUGCAAAAAAAAAAAUCGUUUCUUUUUUAGUGUCCAUUUCACCCCAAAGAGGGGAGGUGGAGCCACUUCCCCGCUCACUGUAAAUUUCCUUAAAGUAUAACACCCCAAGUGUGGUUCUGAGAUUGCUUGGGGGGGUGGGGGGGAGGGGAGUGCAGAGGCUGUGGUUUGACUUUCUAAUUUUUCUUUUGUAUUUGUAUUUGCUAGUCUGAUUUCUUCAAAACGAAGUGGAAUUGACUACUGUCUUCAAUAUUGAUGGUGUUUUGAAUUGGUGCCUAUAGAGAGAUAUUCACAGUUCACAAGUCAGGUGCUGAGAGAUGGUUUAAAGACAAAAAUUCACGAAGGUAUAUUUUGUUAUAAUUGAUGAGUUCUUUGGUUUUCUGUAUUUCUUCCCCUCUCUUUAAAAACAUCAUUGAAAUUUCA